UCUGGUUAAGACGUUUGACAAGAAGACGGUGGAAGGACUCAAAAACUUCAUUUACAUGAUGCCAAUGACAACGGAGGUGUUCAACUAUGAGAUGAAUUGGGCCGUGGUUGACAAGUAUGCGCUGCACGAGAAAAUGAGGCCAUGGAUUUCAAAUAUCGCAAGAAACUCAUUAGAUGAAGAGGCUGAUGACCUUGCUUCUCAAAUUCUGGAAUCUUUGGAUAAUCAUGGUUCUGCAUCAUCAGUUCUUAAAUUAAUUAUGUCCUUCCGUUUGGUCAAUGAGGUUGAGUCUGAAAGCUUGUUCAGGAACAUGUGGGAAAUGCUUUUCUCCAGCAUCAAGUUUUUCGAGAAAAUCGACAGGAGGAAGCCUUUGGGGGUCGAGAUUUUCAAUGACACACCUAAAACGAAAGAGGAGGUGCUCUCGCUUGAGAUAAACUGGGUUAUUUUUGACCAGUGUGACUUGCGUGAGACAAUGAGACCGUGGAUAAGAGAAGAAGUUAUGAAGCUUCUUAAGAAGGAAAAGGCCAGUGUGGUUGAUCAGGUAGUCGACAGCAUCAAAAAACAAAACCGCCCAUCUCGAAUGCUGGAGGUGCUUGAACCCUCAUGGGCUCAUGCUGAAACGGUUGUCCGAAUUCUAUGGAGGACGCUGCUCAUACUAGUGAAAAUAUUAGAGACAGCAUUUCCCAUAUCCAGUAUUAAUCCAAACACCAAGUUGUCGAACGUGGAAGAUAUGCCAACUGUCAACAACUUGCGUCAGCAAGAUCCAAUCUGGGACUCCGAAGAACGUAGUGAUCGUGUUGGAGAUGUGAUUAAAAGGAAUAGAUGCUACAGUUAUCCAUCAUUUUGGCAGCAGAACAGAAUGCUUUCCUUUGAGACGCUUUGUGAAGCAAACCGCUUAGGGAAUGCAAUUCCGAGGAAUGUAGAGAGCUUCUCCUCUUUUGAGAUUGAUUGGGCUGUGUCUGACAGGGAAGAGUUGCAUAACAGAUUGAGACCAUGGAUUUUCCGUGAGAUUAUGGAGUUUGUAAGGCCGGAAGAAGCAGCUACUAGUGUUGUUGACUCUAUUGUGUUGGGAAUCAAAGACCAUGCUAAUGCAGAAGAUAUUUUGGAGCUGGUCAGGCCUAGUUUGGGGGAAACAUCUGCAACUUUUGUGCCAGACUUGUGGAUGAAACUUAUCUUUGCUAUCCAGUUAGCAGGGACGACAGGACUUGAUCCCUUUCCGGAUAUAGUCAGAGAGAGGUUAGCCAGAGAAAAGGUGAAAAUUUCACAGUAUGGUGACAGGUUUGGUCGAAACCGUCAUUUUAUGAUGGUAUCCUUUGACUACGAGAACCUUCUGAAGCUCAAACAGAUUAGUCAAGCAAUGCCGAAAACGAAGGAGGAGCUUUUCUGUUGUGAGAUUAAGUGGGAUGUAUAUGAAAAGCAUGGGCUGCAGAAGAACAUGCGGAAAGGGAUAUGGAUAGAGACUUUGGAGCUCGUUCGGAAGAAACAAGAAGCUAUGCCUGUCGAUGAAGAAAUCAUGUGGAACAUCUUCGAUUAUCAUGUUUCAGCCUCACGGAGGGAGUUCAACGCGCAGGAAGAAGCUGUUCCAGUGUUUGAACAAAUCAUGUUGAUGCUCCACAAAGAUCGUGCUUGCCCGUCUAAAAUGUUGGAGUAUCUUGGACCCAUAUUAGGCAGUGGGUCUGAAAAGUUUGUGAUGAGAAUGUGGUAUGCUGUUAUCUGUGGUGUCAAGUUAGCUGAAUCCCGUGUUGCAGAAAAGUGUGAAGGGGGAAGCCGUGUGUUACUACCCCGGGUAGACUGCCAAUAAUACCUUUGAUGGAUUUCCCCAAGUUGUUUGAUUGGAGCCCCUAAACUUGGUUUUGAGUACUGUGGUUUAAGACUCCCUUCGUUUUACUGCAUCUUUUUUAAGUUUGUUUUUUAAUACACAACUCUUAACUAGUGGAUGAAA